AUGAUCUCAUUACUGCAUGAGGGCUUCAACUCCAGCAGUGAUGGGGAUUCUAUGGAUACUGACUACACGGAACUUGGAUUGUCGGAUGGGGUCAUCCAUGCGAUCAUCAUACCUAACUACAACGAGGAUAUCGACACGCUCAGAGAGACACUUGAAGUUCUGGCUUCCCAUCCUCAGGCGAGCACCGCAUAUGACAUUUACCUUGCAAUGGAAGAGAGGGAGCCAAAUGCUGAAGCUAAAGUCGUCACCCUAAUCAAUAGCUUUGUCAACAAGUUCCAUUUCAUCACCUUCACUCUUCACCCAACAGACCUCCCUGGGGAACUACCCGGAAAAGGCAGCAACAUGGCAUGGGCGGCACGAAAGCUGAGCGAACGCCACCUCUCCUCCAGCUACUUCAGUUACCUAACCACCCUUCAUCUCUCUCACCCCAAAACCGCCCGGACAACCUUCUACACACCCCCCAUAAUCUCCGACCGCAACUCGCACACCGUCGCCAGUUUCGUUCGCGUAGCAGACAUCCUCUGGUCCGCAGCCGGCAUGUCCAAUCUGUACCCCGGCUCGACCGUCGCGCCUCCCAUCUCAGUCUAUUCCCUCCCCCUUGAACUAGUUGACCGCGUGGGCGGCGGCGCAAAGUAUGUCAACCCGGGGACCUGCGCCAAGAACGACAUCCCUUCCGGCAUUGUGACGGACACCCUCCCCUCACCAAACUGGUUCCGCAUAGCCAUCCUCCUCCAUCGCCUCUUCGAAGCACACUUCCUCCCUGCGCAAAUGAUCAUCAUAGUCAUCACAUCGAUGCUUUACGUCCGGCUUACAGAUUCCAACACAUCUGACCCCCAUAACGUAGCCUGGGUUUUCGUCCUCUGCAGCACCCUCCGCACACUAGGGUUUCUCGAAAUCGCGCUAUACCUCUUCCUAUACGAAGACUUCCAUGCUUUGUGUGUUGAGGCAAGGGAGAAAGAGAUGCGCGAAGCGGGCUUGGUAGGGGCCAUGAGCUUUUCCAGGAGGGAAUGGAAGAGGAAUUGGGUGGAUUAUUUUGUUGCUCCGGUGGUUGCGCCAUUGUUUGGGUCGGUGCCGGCAGUACAAGCGCAGGUGCUGCACUUUUGGAGGACGGAGUUGAGGUAUGAGGUUAGUAGGAAGGUUGUGAGGAGCGAGAGAAGCGGGGAGGACGUGGUGUAA